AUGGCUUUAUCCCUACCAACCCAUUCUUCUCCCACCCUCAUCCCUCUUCCACGAUCCCCCAAACCCACUUUCCCCACCCUCCGCCGCCUCAACUACCGCGUUUGUGUGGCCACCGCCGCCACUCCCCUUCUCCAAGUCAAUGACCUCAGAGCCAAGAUCGUCGAAUCUAACGUCGAGAUUCUCCACGGCGUUAACCUCACUGUUAACCAAGGAGAGGUCCACGCCGUCAUGGGGAAAAACGGCUCUGGGAAAAGCACUUUCGCCAAGGUUCUUGUGGGGCACCCGGAUUAUGAAGUUACUGGAGGUAGUGUUGUGUUCAAAGGGGAGAAUUUGCUUGAAAUGGAACCUGAAGAAAGGUCUCUUGCAGGCCUCUUCAUGAGUUUCCAAUCCCCUGUUGAAAUUCCUGGUGUUUCAAAUGAUGAGUUUCUUGUCAUGGCCUACAAUGCUCGAAGGAAAAAGCUUGGUCUACCUGAGCUUGGUCCACUCGAGUGUUUUUCUUACCUGAUGGAGAAGCUUCAGCUUGUUAACAUGAAGCCUGACUUUCUCAAUAGAAAUGUGAAUGAAGGGUUUAGUGGCGGUGAACGAAAGCGCAAUGAAAUCUUGCAGCUUGCGGUUUUGGGGGCAGAUUUGGCUAUUUUGGAUGAGAUUGACUCUGGGUUGGAUGUUGAUGCGCUCAGGGAUGUUGCCAAUGCUGUUAACCGGAUUCUCACCCCACAAAAUUCUUUGUUAAUGAUAACUCAUUAUAGACGGAUUCUGGAUCUUUUGAAUCCUACACAUGUCCAUGUUAUGGACAAAGGGAAAAUUGCACGCACAGGCGACAUAUCGAUGGUAGAAGCUAUUGAGGCUGAGGGAUAUGAAACUGUCUCCGCUUAA